AUUGAAGAAAUUGCAAAAGAAGACCAGAAACCCGACACGGGUGUAGUGUCGACACAUGAUCGGGGUGUCGACACCAUGCGUUAAACGUCCAGAAUCAGAUUCUGUUUCGUAUUUUGUGUCAACACGUAAUUUGAAGUGUCAGCACCACGUGAUCAGUAUUCAAAAUUCAGUUUCCUAUUUCUGUUCCAAGUCUUACUUCUAUUUCAAUUAGGGUUUCUAAAAUCCUAUAAAUACCCAUCCAAAUUCAGAAUUAAGAGAGUUUGGAGAGGCUGGUGGCAGCCCUCUUUUGGGUAUUAUUGGAGAUCAAGAUUGAGGUUCCAUCAACAAUAAAAGAUCAAGAAAUUC